CCUAUGGCAAGAGCCAGACGAUGGAGCUCAAGGCGAUUAUUCUGCUUCUGACCGUUACUCAAGGCGUCUGUAAAGAGCUGGAGGUGCAGCAGGACCCCGUGAUCAACGUGACGGCGGGAGAAACGGCUCACUUGCGCUGCAGCUUCAGGCCCUCGGGGAGUUUGACAAUCGGCUCGUUCAGAUGGUACAGAGGUGCACCUAAAGGCAAGGAGGUAAACAACGACACACACCCCACUGGCAUCGUCAGAGUGGACGCUAAAACGUUCAUUCGAGACAAGGAUGCCUCCAUUUCUAUUCUUGAAACGUUGGUGCAAUAUCAGGACACGUACUACUGUCAGGUAGAGCUGUUUGGAAAGAAGGGCACUGGGAACGGCACACGGCUGAUCGUUAGAAAGCCAGAAAAUAAACCGAACUCAGAUAACUCUUUAGGAGAUGAUACACCUUUUUGGGCUAAAGCAUCUCUCAUUGGAGCAGCAAUUUUAAUUACCAUUGCUGUUGUCGUAAUAAUUGUGUAUUGCUCCAGAAGAAGACAGCAGGCAGAAGUCCCGCUUCAAAAUCAGCCACAGUUACGCCAAGAAGAUUUUUACAGUGAAAUUCCCAGAGACGCUUCUUUAUCUAAGAAAAAACGCAAUAAGAAGCAGGAGAUUCCCCAGAGGGCUCCUGAAGAAAACGAGUCAGAUCUGCAAUAUGUCCAGCUGAAUCUGAAGAAAAGUACCCAAAGAAAGCCACUAGCAAUUGAGGAAAAAGUUUAUUAUUCUUCAGUUAAUACCCGCAGAUUGAAUCAUCAAAGUUGAAUUGUCUGAACUGUUUCAUUCCUAGCAGAAUUUUUAUCCACUCAAAUUAUUUCCUUAUUUUCAAAUCUGACUGAAUCUGCCCUAGAAAGCUUCCUAUUUCAGCACUGACCUUGUAUCUCCAUAUCAUUCAUCUUAGACUUUUGAGUACUAGAUAGAUGGUAAUUUAUUUUGUAUUGAGGUGUACAUUAUUUUACUAUAUAAAAGUGGGCAUUUUCUAUAAUUUGUUUUAAAAUUAUUAUUGACAAAAUGGCUUCUAAAUGUCACACUUUUGUUAAAUGCUUUCCAGCAAUCCAAAACAUUCAAUGUUAGAAUAGACAAUGAG